UGAAACCUAAGUGAUGUGAGGCAUGAGCAGCCGGGAAGGCGUGCAGUGGCAAAGAUGGCCAGUCUUGGACACCCAAGUCCCGGAGCGCUUGAGCCUGGAUGCUUGCCGAGCGCUCAAGAACGUCGGUGAAUUCUUCCAGAGGCUGCCCCCCCAGCUGAUCGAUCGUCUCGUCACUCAGGUACCAGCAGCAGCUAGAGCUAGAGCUAGAUCUAGUAAAACUUCCAGGGCGAGGAAUCCUCUAGCACCCCUCGUAGCUCACAUCCAGGGACUGGGCCGAAAGGAUGGUGGUGAAGCAGCGGAGUUAUCCCAAGAAGAACAAGGGGAGGCCGAGCAGCGAGCUCUAGCUCUGGCUCUAUCCAGCAGGAAAAGGGCCGUGAUCCUCGAGUUCUACUCGCCCAAGUGCACGCUCUGCAAGUCGCUGCUGGAUCUGGUGCUGGAAGUGGAGCGCAAGAACCAGGACUGGCUGGGCAUCGUCAUGGCGGAUGUGGAUAACAAGAAGUGGCUUCCAGAGGUGCUCUACUACGACAUCAAAUACGUCCCAUGCUUCGUUCUCCUGGAUUCGCGAGGAAGAGCUCUCGCAAAGACGGGAGUUCCAUACUCUCGCCUCCAUGUCGUCACGGGGCUAUCGUAUUUACUGGAGAGCGUGAGACCCAUCAAAAGUGGAUGAUCGACCGAUCGACCGAUCGAUCGAUCGAUGGGCUAGAAUUUUUUUUCCUUGACUAGAAGCUAAGAUCUUUUUUCUUGCUUGCUAGAAGUUAAGAUCUCUGUUUCCUUUUCUUUUCUUUUCUUUUCUUAUUAGACUAGAGGAAAAUCUAGGAUCGAUCGAUGGCUUGACUAGAAGCCAAAUACUAAAGUUUUUUUUUCUCUCGCUAAGUUCUAGAAACUAAAUCUUUUUUUUUC